CUGGCCUCGGGGCGGAGCCAGCAGAGGCUCGAGCUGGGGCAGUGCUUGGGCGGAGGGCCGGAGCGGGCUUGGCUGGUACCAGGAUGGCGGCGGCCCUGGCGUGGGUCCUGGUGGCGCCUGGUGCGAGUUCCUGAGCUGCUACCAGGCAGGUGACACUUCCUGUAGCCCCCAGCAUGCGGGCAGGACUGGGUCCCAUCAUCACACUGGCCCUGGUGCUGGAGGUAACAUGGGCCGUGGAACUUAAGCCCACAGUGCCACCCAUCUUCACUGGCCGACCCUUUGUGGUCGCAUGGAAUGUGCCCACACAAGAAUGUGCCCCGCGCCACAAAGUGCCCCUGGACCUCAGGGCCUUCGAUGUGGAGGCCUCACCGAAUGAGGGGUUUGUCAACCAGAACAUCACCACCUUCUACUACGACCGUCUAGGCCUGUAUCCACGCUUCGAUGCAGCUGGGAUGUCUGUGCACGGUGGUGUGCCUCAGAACGGUAGCCUCUGCGCACACCUGCCCAUGCUGAAGGAAUCUGUGGAGCGCUACAUUCACACCCAGGAGCCUGGAGGGCUGGCAGUCAUUGACUGGGAGGAAUGGAGGCCUGUAUGGGUGCGAAACUGGCAGGAGAAGGAUGUGUACCGGCAGUCUUCACGCCAGCUGGUGGCCAGUCGACACCCUGACUGGCCGCCAGACCGAAUAGUAAAGCAGGCGCAGUAUGAGUUUGAGUUUGCUGCUCGGCAGUUCAUGUUGAAUACACUACGCUAUGUCAAGGCAGUCCGACCUCAGCACCUUUGGGGCUUCUACCUCUUUCCUGACUGCUAUAAUCAUGAUUAUGUCCAGAACUGGGAGAGCUACACAGGCCGCUGUCCUGAUGUGGAAGUGGCACGUAAUGACCAGCUGGCCUGGCUCUGGGCGGAGAGCACCGCUCUCUUUCCCUCUGUGUACCUGGAUGAGACACUGGCUUCCUCCACACACAGCCGCAACUUUGUGAGUUUCCGUGUUCAGGAGGCCCUUCGUGUGGCUCACACCCACCACGCAAACCAUGCCCUCCCAGUGUACGUCUUCACACGCCCCACAUACACCCGAGGACUCACAGGACUGAGUCAGAUGGACCUCAUCUCUACCAUCGGUGAGAGUGCAGCCCUGGGCUCAGCUGGUGUCAUUUUCUGGGGCGACUCAGUGUAUGCUUCAAGUAUGGAGACCUGCCAGUACCUCAAGAAUUACCUAACACAGUGGCUGGUUCCCUACGUAGUCAAUGUGUCCUGGGCCACCCAGUACUGCAGUUGGACCCAAUGCCAUGGCCAUGGACGCUGCGUGCGCCGCAAUCCCAGCGCCAAUACCUUCCUGCACCUCAGUGCCAGCAGCUUCCGGCUGGUGCCUGGCCGUACACCUAAUGAACCCCAGCUUCGACCCGAGGGGAAGCUCAGCGAUGCCGACCUCAACUACCUGCAGACGCACUUUCGUUGCCAGUGCUACUUGGGCUGGGGUGGCGAGCAAUGCCAAAGAGACCAUAAGCGGGAAACAGGAAGUGCCAGGAGAGCCUGGGCUGGGUCCCACCUCAUCGCUCUGCUGGCUUUGGUAGCCAUGGCCCUUACCUGAACCUUAAAAAGGGGUCUCCCCCGGGGAUAUCACUCCAGCUGGCCUCUGGCACAAGGAUCUGGGCAUGAGGAGUCUGUUGGGGGUAGACAAAUGAAUUUGGCAUGGGCAGAGCCCCCGUGAUGCCUAGCAGGCAUCCAUAGCAGCUGUCACCCCCCUGUUCUAAGGGGGAGAGAAAAAAAAUCCCCCAAGAAGCCCCUCAUCUUGGCAGUGAAGAAGGAGGCUAUAGCUAAACCAGGGAAGGCCUGACUCUACUUCCCUGCUCCUGGAUAGUUUAUAGUUCUGGGGUCUCUUUUGUAAAUUAAAUAUAAAACAACUGUGCCUGGUUUUCCUGCUUCUGGGCUAGUAUGUGCAAGAGAUCUCAGGGUUGUGGAUGAGGUUUAGCUGAGCUCUUUGAACCCCUCAGCUGUGUGGUCACUGGGGCCUAGGGCGGUGCCUGCUCAGCAGUUGUGGGGGGCAGGACCCACCAGAGUAGGGUUCCUGCUCUACCCUAACCUCACUUCCACUUUGCCUUGACUGGAAUGAGUUGUGCCCACCAUUGUGUGACUGAUAGAGCUGGCUGUGUAUCUGCCACCUGUCCCAGUAGCCCAGGCUGGGCCAACACCAGCUUUCUUCCCUCAGCCACCCAUGGAGAAAGGGGAGGUGGUGCCUGAUCUUCCCGGAUGUUCCUACAGACAAGGGCAGGGGACUCCUGUCACAUGACCCUUCUCACCGUCUGAGUCACAGCCUUCUCUUGGGUCUGGGAGGUAGGCUGUCAGGGUUGAGAUGUCAAUCCCUGUCACUACGUGGAUACCUGAUGGAACUACCCUGAUCCGCGGAGCAGGGUCAUCCUCAAAGGUCAGCUUUGGAGCCAGGAUAUGAAUAUAUAUAUAAGGUCAGUGAUAGAGACUCACCUAGAUAUGUGAAGGUCCUGGGAUUGAUCACCAGCACUGUGUGUGUGUGUGUGUGUGUGUGUGUGUGUGUGUGUGUGUUUAUAAAUACACAAAAGCCCUCUCCCAUGCAUCGAACAAACUGCCUAAUAGGAGAUCCAGAGGAGAGAAGUAGCAGAGCCGGGGUAGUUGGGACAACUCUGACCGGUGUUACCUCCAUUGUCCUUCCCUCAGGCCUACUAGAGUGUCAGUGAUGACCCCCUCAGCCCUGUCCUCAAGAAACUUAGUGGCCCUACAAGUGCUCCUACGGUUAGCUUGCACUAAGGCCCAAGUUCACGCACCAGAACCAGAAAGUGAGUAAGGACAGCCGACAACCAUGUUGAGAUUUGAAAGGGAUGUGGAGGAACCAGGUGACGAUGCAUGCCUAUUGUAAUCCCUGUAACUUGGGAGAUAAAGGCAGGAAGAUCGGAAGUUCAAGCCCAGUCCUGGCUUGGAGGCCAGCCUAAGCUCUAUGGGUAUAGCUCACAUAUGAGUAUAUGGCUCAUAUAGGCCAGUUACAUAUCUUCAAACAAAAGAGGAGCCUGCUGAUGGUGUUGUACACCUUUAAUCCCAGCACUUGGGAGGUAGAGGCAGGUGGAUCUCUGUGAGCUCCAGGCCAGCCUGGUCUACAGAGUGAGUUUCAGGACAGCCAGGGCUACACAGAGAAACCCUGCCUUGGGGAAAAUAAAUGAACAAAUAAAUAAAUGAGAAAUAGGGCUCUGGGUAAAAGGCACUUGCUAUCAAGCCUGAUGAUCAGAUCCCUGGAAUUGUCCUCUGACCUCUGUAUGACCUUGUGGCACAUAUACAAAUACAUAAAUAAACGUAACUUUAAAAAAGUUGUGAGACAAGAGUCUCACUAUGCAGCCCUACUUAGCUUAGCACUCAGUAUGUAGAUGAGGCUGGUCUUGAACUCACAGAAAUCUACCUGUUUCUGCCCCCCAUGCACUGGGAUUACAGGCACGUGCCACCACACUAGACUUAAUUUUAAAAUCCGAAAAAAAAAAGACCAAAAAUAAUGGAGUUCAACAAAGGAGAGCAAAGACUAGGGAAACUUCCGUCUCCUCCACACCUGUGAUUUCCAACAACACACAGGGUUG